AUGAGUGAUGAACAAAGUUCAGGCGAUGAACAAAUGUUACGCGAUGAACUGUUUAAACUGACGAUGCGACAGGAAUGGGAAGUAGUGGUGAAGAAAUACGUCGAAAAUACAAAUGCUCAUACUCUGAAGCUUACGAAAUCAGAGGACACAGCCUUCCAUAUAGCCAUCUCCAGUUACAAUCCUAAAUGCCCCAACCCCAACCUCACUCACCAAAGAUGCACCGAGGAAAUGUUCUCUUUGAUGAAGGAACGUAAAUCUCUAUGCAACGUGGUGAAGAUGGCUAACGUGAGAGGAGACACCCCUCUCCAUCUCGCAGCUGCAGUUGGAUGGGAGGCUCUCUGCACGCGAAUAGCUUCAGCUGAUCCCAAGCUCAAUGCCAAUGGUGAGACACCUUUGUCAGAUGAUCCCAAGCUCAAUGCCAAUGGUGAGACACCUUUGUCAGAUGAUCCCAUGCUCAUCCAGAUCCGCAAUGCCAAUGGUGAGACACCUUUGUUCAUUGCAGCUCAUCACGGCAACCUCAACACGUUUCUCGCUCUCCAUGACAUCUACAAGCCUGAUGAGACUCUCUGUAGGAGGAAAGAUGGAAAUACCAUCUUGCACUCUGCCAUUUCUGGGGAAUACUUAAGAUUAGCUUACUCGAUAUUGGACAAGUACAAGAAUCUUCUCAACUCUGUUAAUGUUGAAGGAGAAACUCCUCUCCAUGUUUUAGCAAGAAAGCCUAACUUGUUCAAGAGCAGCUCCCAACUUGGAUUCUAUGAAUCAGUCAUCUACGAAUUUGUUUUUGUUGAUGAUCUGAAGAAACAAUCCAAACAUAAUCCAAGUGCCAGCCAGAGUAAUGGCUCAAGUAAAGAGAAAUUCCCGGAGAGCUACAAGACUUGUGUGAGCAUCUUCCAUCUAUUAUGGGAUCCAAUUUACAAUAGUUAUAAAGGAAAAAAAAGUACUCAACAACCGUAUGAGGAGCAUGGCGUUCCAAUAUAUGAGAGUUUCUUAGCUGGGUGUUCAAGAUCCAAGAAACAAAUAGCCCCUCCUACAGUUGAAAAUGUGGAACAUCAAAUCAAAGUUGAAAAGAGGAAGAGCAACUUUCCUCCCAAUUACACUACCUGCAUUAAAAUUUUCAAAUUUGCAACAACGGUCGCCCUAACAAUUCUUGGAAUUGGAUUCUUGAGGAUAAGAAAGAUUCAUGACAAGAAAGUUCGACACUCUCAUGCGAUGGAGAUCAUGAAUAGAAUGAUUGAGUCGGAACCAAAUAGCAUGCGAAUGUACCCUACUGAUGUUAAAUAG